AUGCUUCAAGAUGAUGACCCAAACUCAACUUCUGAUCUGGGUUACUCAGAUGCAGAAAGUAACUCUACUUCAGAGUCCGAAUCUGAAUCAGACACUUCGGACUCCGAAUCUGAAACUGACUCAGAGACUGAUUCGGAUUCCGAAACAGAGGAAAUAAAGAGAAAGAAAUACAAAAAGAAAACUGGCGUGCAGAAGAGGACAAAUGCUAUGCCAACUCUCACAGUUGAUAUUGAUCUCGCAUUGUCGGCAUUUGCUAAUGCGAGUGUUUACUUCGAGUCAAAGAAAGUUGCGGUAACGAAGCAAACACGCGUGGAAAAGAACACCAAGAUUGCUCUUAAAAAUGCUGAAAGAAAAAUUCAGAGUGAUUUGAACAAGAAUCUCAAAAAUGAAACAGAAUCUCUUCGUGCUUUUCGUCACAAAUUUUGGUUUGAGAAAUAUUUCUGGUUUACUACCAGCGAUGGUUACUUAUGCCUUGCAGGAAGAGAUGACUUGCAAACAGACAUGAUUUACUACAGACAUUUUAGUGAUGGUGAUUAUUUCGUUUCGUCAGAUCUCGAUGGGGCAGCGAAGGUAUUCAUAUUGAACCCUUACAAGGCGCAAAACGUGUCACCAUCUGCAUUAUUUCAAGCUGGAAUAUUCGCAUUGCUGACUUCAACUGCGUGGAGUGCUAAAAUUAGCUCUUCUGCGUGGUGGAUGAGUGGCGCUGAUGUUACAAAGCGCGAGUUCGAUGGAUCGCUCUUGGGCCCAGGAAUUCUCAAAUACAAAGCGAAGAAAAACUAUAUGCCACCAGCUCAAAUGGUUAUGGGAUUUGGAUUCUACUGGUUAUGCGACGAGGAGACAACCCAAAAGUACAAGAUUGCCAGAGAAAAGAGACAAGAGGAGCAUGGCUUGAAAGUUUCAUUUAGCAAUAAGAAGCUGGAUCUCGACGACAUGAGUAUCAAAUCUUCGAUGAACUCUACGAAAGAAGAGGCAUCUUUGGAAGAAACACAGAAGGAACCGGAAAACAGUGAUGAACCAUCAAAGAAGGAUGCCUACUCUCCAAUUGAAGAUUCGGAAGCAUCUCAUCCAGAAGAAAAGGAAACAGAAACGAUGGUGGAGUCGGUAGAGAAGCAAUUGGCUAAUCUCAGAGCGAAGAGCUCUUCACCUUCGCCUUCUCUUUCUAACAAGCAGAAGAAUGUGCGUGGAAAGAAGGGUAAGUUGAAGAAGAUCAAUGCAAAGUAUGCUGACCAAGAUGAGGAGGAGAGAAGACUCAGAAUGGAAAUGUUGGGUACGCUAAAGCAGAUGGAAGAAUUAGAAAGAAAAAGACGGGAGGCUGAGAAAGCGAAAUCUGAUCAACAGCAGAAUGAAAAACACGGAAACAAAGCUGCAUCCAAACAACAAAAGGCCGAGGAACGCGAGUUACAACGUUACUUGAAAGGAGAGAUGGAUGAAGAUAACGCAAUUGGCACAAACUACUUAGAAUUGUUAGAUUCUCUCGUGGCAAAGCCAGCACGAGACGACAUUGUCGCUGAUUUGGUUCCUGUUUUCGCUCCAUGGGCAUCUAUGGCCAAGUUCAAAUACAAGGUUAAAAUACAACCUGGUUUGGGGAAAAAAGGUAAGAGUUUGAGUGAUGCUUUGGCAUACUUUUCACAUCGUAAAGUGGAUGCGUCUCGCACAGAUACAGAUGUGGACUGGCCGAACGAACAUGAAAUUCUUUCGUCAACUAAGUCCAACGACAUAAUCGGAGCAUUGGCAGUGAAUAAAAUGAAGCUCGUAUUACCCGGUGGAAACCAGAGCGAUGCGAAAGGUAAAAAAGCUAAACGUGGUGGAAAGAAUUAA